AUGGAAUGGAAUGGAAUGCCGUAUCAUACGGGCGUAUGUAUAAUAGGUACGUGUGGAUAUGAGGAGUAUCAUACUGAACGGUACUGUGCUGUACGAGUACUAGGGGCUGGUCAAUGGGGUAAUGGUGCAACACCGUCGCAACGCAUAUCUAUACAAAAGACCAAUGAUCAAGCAUCACCUCGCUGUCAUAGUCUACCUUUGGUUUUUUCCCCUUCACUGAGCUAAAUUUACUCACAGUUACAAUCGCGCGAGUCAUCUCUGCCCUCAUAUUAAACUUGAAAACUUAAAAAAGUUUGAAUGUUGAUCUUGUGAGCAGGAUUUCAUCUUAUGGUGUUGCACCAUUUUUGUCAACCCCCAGUUCUAGCAGCAUAGAGUAGAGUACGUUGUAGUUCAA